UUAUCCUUUCUAUUCGAUUCAAAUUAAAAAUAAAGCUUUUAUAACAAUAAUGUUUGCUCGUGCUGCUGCCUCUACUCUCCGCACCGCUGCCCGCCGCCAGGCCAGCAGCGCAAUGACCAAGCGUGCGUUCACCUCGAACUCCCGGCAGUCGACUGGCUCCCUCAUGGGCCGUUUCGGUAUGGCAGCGACCGCCGCAGCCGCCGUCACCUUCGGCUACACGCUCUUCACCAGCCCCUCUGCCAACAACAGCAACACGAUCCACGCCGACUCUGCCAUCCCCAUCCACGGCAUCGCCGGCACCUCGAAGGAGCGCACUUUCAUUGCCGUUAAGCCCGAUGGCGUCCAGCGCGGCCUGGUCAGCGACAUUAUUAAGCGUUUUGAGCAGCGUGGGUACAAGCUCGUCGGACUUAAGCUCCUGGUUCCCUCGAAGGAGCUUGCCAACGAGCACUACGCCGAUCUGUCGUCCAAGCCGUUCUUCCGGGGACUGGUCGACUACAUGACCAAUGGAAAGGCACCUGUUAUCGCCAUGGUGUGGGAGGGCCCCUCGGUUAUUAAGCAGGGUCGCGUUAUGCUCGGCGCCACCGAUCCCCGCGCCGCCGGCCCUGGCACUAUCCGUGGUGACUACUGCCUGUCCAUCGGCCGCAACAUCUGCCACGGCAGCGACAGCGCCGAGAGCGCCGAGAAGGAGAUCGGGCUGUGGUUCGGCGGAAAGGGCGAGAUCGUCAACUGGACUGCCAACAACGAGGAGUGGGCCGUUUCGGACAACUAAGCGCUGGUGCAUAAUGCCCUGUUUGGAUUAGAUUGGAUUGUGUUUCAUUUUGUGAAUGUAACUGACAUUAUCAUAAAAGUUUGUUUUUGGCCUUGUCAGAACCUGCUGCUGGCGCAGUUGCUGUGCAGCAGCGAUGCGGCCAGGAUGGGCAGCGUCGGCGAGAAGAAGGUGGCGGUGCUGACCUUCUGCUCGCGCAUAAUGUGCGAAAUGACGUGGUCGGCGGGGAACGGGUUCGUGACAUCGUCGGCGGGGAACGGGUUCGUGGCGUCGUCGGCGGGGAACGGGUUCGUGGCGUCGUCGGCGGGGAACGGGUUCGUGGCGUCGUCG